GGGUUCUUGAAAUUAGGGUUCUUGAGGGAUGAAUCCCUUGACGCAGGUGAAGAAUCUCCAGAAGAUCACUGCGCGGGAGAGUGCGUCUGGGAUCGCCGAGUCUGCAUCCUGGCACGCCGAGUACAAGGAUUCGGCCUACAUUUUCUUUGGCGGGCUAGCCUACGAGCUCAACGAGGGCGAUAUUCUUGCGGUGUUUGCACAGUACGGCGAAGUUGUCGAUGUGAAUUUAAUUCGCGACAAAGGUACCGGGAAAUCAAAGGGCUAUGGAUUUCUCGCGUACGAAGAUCAACGAAGCACCACACUUGCCGUGGAUAAUCUGAAUGGAGCUCAAGUCGCUGGACGCACGCUGCGUGUGGAUCAUGUGAGAAAGUAUCGGAAGAAAGAAGAGGAAGACGAGGAAGAGCGGCAGAGGAAACGAGAAGAAAACGGUGUUUGCUACGAGUUCCAGCGCGGAAGCUGUAGCCGGGGUGAUUCCUGCAAGUUCUCACACGACGAAAACAGGAACAAGAACACUGGAUGGGGAGCGGACGACGAGACAAAGUGGAAACACGAUCGACACGACGAGUCGAGAGGUGAAAGGCCUCGGUUAGAGUCUCGGAAGAGAUCUCCGAGAAGGGAGAGCCGUGUUGAUGAUGAUGGCAGGCGAUUAAGAGACAAUGAUAGAAGGAGAUGACACUCCCAAAACAAUAGGAACUCAAGAAUUUUGUUUUCCUUUUAAAUAAGUUAAAAUAGAGGAUUUAUUGAUGUUUAACUGAUUCUAAAAAGCUUUAAUUUUUUAAAACAUAACAAUUA